AAUCAAUUAAUUGAUAUGGCUGAGGAACACCAGAAGCCUAAGGCCGCAGCUGCGCCAGAAGCACCACCAUCCGAGGAGGUUGUGGUGGUGGCUGAUGCGCCGCCUGCCGAUAAGUCUGUGACCGAGAAAGAAGCGGCUCCGGUUCCAGAGACGGAGGCCGAGGCAGAGAAGCCGGCUGUGACGACGACUGAGGAGGUGGAGGACAAGGCUGCUCCCAAGGCUGACGAGGAUCAGAAGGCCAUCGCCCAGUCGGUUUCUUUCAAGGAAGAGAGCUACGUUGUUAGCGAGCUUCCCGAGCCCCAGAAGAAGGCUCUUGAGGAGCUGAAAGUACUCAUCCAGGAGGCCCUUAAUAAGCACGAGUUCACUGCUCCGCCGCCCGCCAAAGAGGAGGAGAAGCCUGUAGGCCCUGUACCGGCGGCUGAGGAGAAGAAGGAGGAGAAAACUGAAGAAGUACCACCCAAAGCUGAAGAGGAACCCAAAACGGAAGAAGCAAAAGCAGAAGCAGAAGAAGAAGCCAAAGAGGAAGAAAAGCCAAAAGAAGUGGAGGAGGAGAAGCCAAAAGCAGAGGAAGAGACGGUAGUUGUGACGGAGACUGUGGUGGAGAAAGUUACAGAGACUGUUGAUGACGACGGCGCCAAGACUGUGGAGGCGAUUGAAGAGACCAUAGUCGCAGUAGCCCCUGCUCCGGCUGCAGAGGCGGAAGCAGGCCCAUCUAAAGAGACCGAGGUGGCGGUGGAGGCUACUCCCGCUGCCGCUGCUGAGGAGACUAAACCAGAAGAAGAGGCCCCCGCGGCGCCACCUGUGGCACCGGAGGAGGUGUACAUAUGGGGAAUUCCGCUUCUGGGAGACGAAAGGAGCGACGUGGUUCUGUUGAAGUUCCUGAGGGCGAGGGAUUUCAAGGUGAAGGAGGCGUUCGCCAUGAUCAAGAACAGCGUGCGGUGGAGGAAGGAGUGGGGCAUCGAGGGGCUGCUGGAGGAAGAUCUCGGAAGCCACUGGGACAAGGUGGUGUUCACUCAUGGCGUCGACAAGGAAGGCCACCCUGUGUGCUACAACGUGUUCGGGGAGUUCCAGAACAAGGAGUUGUAUCAGAAUACUUUUACGGACGAAGAGAAGAGGGCCAAGUUCAUCAAAUGGAGGAUCCAGUUCUUGGAGAAGAGCAUCAGAAAGUUCGACUUCAACCCCACCGGAAUAUCGACCAUCGUUCAGGUCAAUGAUAUAAAGAACUCUCCUGGGCUUUUCAAGAGGGAGCACAACCAGGUCACCAACCAGGCCCUUCAUCUCCUUCAGGAUAACUACCCUGAGUUUGUUGCCAGACAGGUGUUCAUCAAUGUGCCAUGGUGGUAUCUUGCUUUCAAUAGGAUGAUCAGCCCCUUCCUGACCCAGAGGACCAAGAGCAAGUUUGUAUUUGCUGGUCCCUCCAAGUCUGCUGAAACCCUUUUCAAAUAUAUAGGCCCAGAGCAUGUGCCGGUUCAGUAUGGUGGGCUAAGCAAGGAGGGUGAGCAUGAAUUCACCACAUCUGACGCUGUCACUGAGAUUACUGUCAAGCCAGCAUCCAAGCACACUGUCGAAAUUCCCGUGUCUGAGUCUGGGGAGGUUUUGGUGUGGGAAGUGAGAGUGGUGGGAUGGGAAGUAACCUAUGGAGCUGAAUUCGUGCCAAGCGCGGAGGACGGCUACACCAUAAUCUUACAAAAGGCAUGGAAGGUCGGGGCAGCGGAUGAGCCGGUGAUCACAAACACGUACAAGAUUGGCGAGGCGGGGAAGGUUGUGCUGACCAUCGAUAACCAAAGCUCGAAGAAGAAGAAGCUCCUCUACAGGUCCAAGACCAAGCCCUCCUCUGAAAUCUGAUUCUUCAACAAAUAAACAGAACAUUCAACAUUUCAACUCAAGCUCUCUCCAUAUUUAUUUUUUUCUUCAUCUUCUUCUGGUUGAUAUUUAUUUUUGCUCCUGCAGUGUAUGUGCCUGAAGGUAUUUAUAUUUAAAUUUUGAUUCAUAUUUGUUUUAGUGAAUGGGGUUUGUGGUAAUUUUGGAUUUGGAUUGUAAACAGUAGUGGAAGAUGAUGUGCUGUGAUGGGGGAAACAUUUGACACGGUAUAUACUAUGUUGUGUUAUGUUAUGUUGGUAUAUAUGGACGUGGGAACAGAUUAUUCCUCUGCCUGUAAAAUCAUAAAUCUCUGUAAAUUUGGUCC